AAGAAGCCCAGCUCCCGAUCCUCCGCGACCAAUCGGGGCAGGCUCGCAUUCGCACGCCGUCAUCGUGCCUCUCCCUCCGGACCUGGGCUCACUCGAUCACCGAGGACUCCCAGGCCUGACCGCGGUAAUCGUGUUUUCUCAAGACGGAUUCAAUACAAACCCGGAUUUGAAUCUUGCGACAUUGUGAAUUCAUUUAGUUUCUCUCGGACGUUUAGAUAACAACGUCUCUCGCCGUGUCUAUUUAAUAAUAUUCUUUCAGGCUUCAUAAUAAAACACUAGCGAUGCUUUCUAUAGCUUGAUAAAAUACAAAAAACAAAACGAAACGAAAAAAAAGACUGCGCUACAUAGCACCUUAUAUUAUUGGAGAAUGAUUUCUCAGGUGUUUCUGUUGUCUGCUAAAGGAGAUCACCUGAUCUACAAGGACUUCCGCGGGGAAGCAGGCCGUGAUGUCAUCAACGUGUUCUAUGAGAAGGUGAAUGCGUUGCCGGGAGACCAGCCUCCAGUUGUCAUGCACCACGAGGGUCUGCACUUCGUCCACGUGAGGCAAGGGGGUCUGUACUGCGUGGCCACGACCCGCUCCAACCCCUCCCCCUUCACCCUCACCGAGUUCCUCAACAGACUGGCUGCUCUGAUCCGGGAUUACUGCGGCUCCCUGUCUGAGCAAUCCGUCAGCCUGAACUCUGCCCUGAUCUACGAGCUGCUGGAUGAGAUGCUGGAUUUCGGGUACCCCCAGACCUCGUCGACGGAGAUCCUGAAGAACUUCAUCCAGACGGAGGCCGUGACCCCGAAACCUUUCAGCCUGCUGGACCUGCGCAACGUGGGGCUGUUUGGCGCUGACACUCAGCACAGUAAGGUGGCUCCGAGUGCAGCAGCGAGCCGGCCGGUGCUGUCCACGCGUGGGGAGCCGGGAGGGAAGAACGAGAUCUUCGUCGACGUGAUCGAGAGGCUCACCGUUGUGAUUGGAUCCAAUGGCACCCUGCUGAAGGCUGACAUUCAGGGAGAGAUCAGACUCAAGUGCUUUCUUCCCAGCUGCUCUGAGAUGAGAAUAGGCCUGAAUGAAGAGUUCAGCAUCGGCAAGACUCAGCUGAGAGGUUACGGAGCUGCGGUGCGGGUCGACGAGUGCAGCUUCCAUGAGGCCGUGAAGCUGGACGAGUUUGAGAACCAGAGAGUGCUGAGAGUGACCCCGAGCCAGGGAGAGCACACAGUGAUGCAGUACCAGCUGAGCGACGAGCUGCCCUCACCCCCACCCUUCAGACUCUUCCACAGCCUGGAGAGGGAGCCCAGCGGCAGGUUACUUGUUUACCUGAAGCUUCGCUGUGACCUGCCCCCCAAGAAUGCAGCCCUGAAUGUGGUGGUGAAUCUCCCAGUGCCCAAGGGCUCCGUGAGUCUCUCCCAGGAGCUGAGCAGUCCGGACCAGAGUGCCGAGCUGCAGCCAAUCAGCAGGGCCGUGCGCUGGGAGAUCCCACGCUUCCCCGGGGGAGGGCAGCUCUCUGCACUGUUCAAGUUGGAGGGCUCCGGGCUCAGCGCCGCCUCUCUGCUGGAAGUCGGGCCGGUCAGCCUGUCCUUCGAGCUGCCCAAGCUCACCUGCACCGGGCUGCAGAUCCGAUUCCUCCGCCUGUCACCCCCCCUCCCCGCCCUGCCCCAGCGCUGGGUACGAUACGUCACGCACUCCGACUCCUACACCAUCCGCAUGUAGAAAGAGAGAGAGAGAGAGAGAGAGAGAGAGAU